UACCAUCAUGUAUCCUUGGGUAACCACCCUGGUCCUCAUACUCCUUCUGACAGAUAGUGUAAUGUCUUAUACAGAAUUGACUGUGGUGGAGGGUCAGUCUGUGACGCUUCGGUGCUCCUAUAGUGGACCAAUUACAACCACAUGUUGGGGCCGAGGGGCAUGUUCUGUGCUCAGCUGCUCAGAUUUUAUCAUCAGGACUGAUGGAUACAACGUCGUCUUUCAGAAGGACACUCGUUAUUUGCUCAAAGGAAAUAUUGGACAUGGGGAUGUGUCUUUGACCAUAGUAAAUGUAAAACCCUCCGACAGUGGCGUGUAUUGUUGCCGUGUUGAACUGGCAGGGUGGUUCAACGAUUUAAAAGUCACCUACACCUUGAAGGUCAAGCCAGCUCUACCUACGACAACAGCAGUCAUCACUACUCGGAAAACGACGGUCACCACGACUCCAAAAACAACAACUACCACCACUCGGAAAACGACGGUCACCACGACUCCAAAAAUGACAACUACCACCACUCGGAAAACGACGGUCACCACGACUCCAAAAACGACGGCCACCACGACUCCAAAAACGACGGCCACCACGACUCCAAAAACGACGGCCACCACUGCUCCAAAAACGACGGCCACCACUGCUCCAACAACUAGAGUCUCUACUGCUCCUCCCAUGCCAGCAACCACAAAGACUGUCCACACAGGUGCUGCUUUAACUUCUCCAUCACAGAAAGAUGUGACCCUGCCUACCACACCGCAGGACACAAGUAUGACUAGCUCACCGGUGCCCUCUUGCUCAACAGAUGGGAAUAUCACCACGACACAGAUUUCAGAUGGCCUUCAGCAAAACAAUCAAACUUCUGUGGUGCUGGAGCAAAGUCACUGGCUGAGCAAAAAUCAAGGAGUUUACAUUGGAAUCGGUGUUACUGCCAUAGUGUUAUUGCUCAUAUGUUUGACUGUCAUUAUUGCCAAAAGGUAUAUAUGCCUGGGUAGCAAAGUGGAGCUACUACGGAUAAUUUCAUUUAAGGACAUUCAUUUCGGAGCUUUGAAAAACAUGUCGGUGAAGCAUGUCCGAGCAGAAGACAACAUCUACAUUAUUGAGGAUAGUCAUUAAGUCAUGGAUUAAGAUCCCGUGGCCUCCGAAGGUGUUAUACCCUUGACCUCAGGAGACUGACCAGAUAUCACCGAGUCAGAGUCCCAUCAGCAGCAGGACAAUUGUGUGGUCAGUUUCACGUGGCAUUCUAACAAGUCAGUGACACUAGGUAGAGUGAAUCUAGCUCAUCUGUACACCGGCAACCUCUGUAAUAUAGUCCUAAUUUUUUAUAUUGACACUGGUUCAGUCUUUCUGGUCAUUGCAGAGCUCUCUCCAAAACAUGAAAUGUACUCCUUAGAAGUGUACGCUCUCUGUAUUUGUUUGUUUUUGUUUGUUUUUUGUUUUGUU